UAAGUUCCCCUCUUCACUUACUCAUUUUUCUCACCCACUUCUUCUUUUUCUCCAUCUUCUUUCUUCUUCAAAUUUGCUCUCUUUUUUGUUUCUAGUUUUAAAAAUGGUGGUAAAGAAGGCGAAAAUUGUAAUUAUUGGGGCGGGAAUGGCAGGGCUCACUGCAGCGAAUAAGCUCUACACGGCGGAGGGUUCGAAAGAUUUGUUUGAUAUCUCCGUAGUGGAGGGAGGCGGGAGAAUCGGCGGGAGAAUUAACACGGCUGAGUUUAUGGGGGAGAGAAUUGAGAUGGGUGCCACGUGGAUCCAUGGAAUCGGCGGCAGUCCAAUUUAUAAAAUCGCCGAACAAAUUGGUGCUCUUCACUCCGACCAGUCAUGGGAGUGCAUGGAUGGCUACUCAGGCCAAUCUACCACAGUUGCAGAAGGCGGCAUCGAGCUCUCUCCGGCUACUGUCGACCCCAUUUCCACUCUUUUCCAAAAGCUUAUGGAUUUCGCUCAGGGAAAAAUUACCGGCGACUCCGACAUUCUCCAGCAAGCUAAUUACGACAAACGGAGCAUCGGAGAAUUUCUUCAGCAAGGCAUCGAUUCGUACUGGGUUUCUAAAAAUGGCGAAACUGAGGUUAAUGGGUGUAAAGAAUGGAGCCAAAAAUCUCUCGAGGAAGCCAUUUUCGCCAUGUAUGAAAACAACCAAAGAACUUACACCUCCGCAGGCGACCUCUCGACGUUAGAUUUCAUCUCAGAAAGUGAGUACCAAAUGUUCCCUGGUGAAGAAAUCACUAUCGCCAAAGGCUAUUUGAGCGUAAUCGAAUCAAUCGCCUCUGUUCUUCCUCCUGGUUUAGUCCAAUUGGGUAAGAAAGUCACCAAAAUCGAAUGGCAUCCUGAACUUGAUCCUCCGAAUAUUCCAACGCCGGUGACGUUGCAUUUUGCCGACGGCUCCCACAUCUCGGCCGAUCAUGUAAUCGUCACCGUUUCACUCGGAGUUCUCAAGGCCGGAACUCAGCCAGAUUCACCUUCACCUCUGUUUCACCCUCCCUUACCCUCCUUCAAAACGGAGGCGAUUUCCCGACUGGGAUUCGGCGUUGUUAACAAGCUAUUUCUCCGCCUAGCUCCGGUCACCGAAAACGGCCUCAAUUUAAAGAGAACCCACCAAUUUCCUUGCCUGAAUUUCGUUUUUCACCAGCCGGAUUCGAAGUUCCGGCGGAAAAAAAUACCAUGGUGGAUGAGAAAAACUACCAGUCUUCGACCAAUCUACCAAAAUUCGUCCUUAUUGCUAUCUUGGUUAGCCGGAGAAGAAGCUCUUCACCUCGAAAAACUGAAAGAUGAUGAAAUCAUCAAUGGAGUUUCAACAACGAUCAGUAACUUCCUGAUUCAGAAAUCCGAAAGCGAAAAUUCAGAAUCAGAUUCCAAUUGCUGCAACAAAAUGAACGGCCACCGAAACAUUGAAUUCAGCUUCAGCCAGGUUUUGAAGAGCCAAUGGGGCAGCGAUCCUCUGUUUCUAGGCUCAUACUCAUACGUUGCAGUAGGAUCAAGCGGUGAAGAUUUGGACGCCAUGGCAGAGCCAUUGCCAAGAACAGAAGAAUCUUCAAAAUCUCCAUUACUACAGAUUCUGUUUGCAGGUGAAGCAACUCAUAGAACUCAUUACUCCACCACACAUGGAGCUUAUUUCAGUGGCCUUAGAGAGGCCAACAGGUUGCUUCACCAUUACAAUUGCACUUGAAUUUCUGAAACUUUUUUCUUUCUUUUUUUGGGUUUUUAAGAAUGGGAAAAAAUGGUAUUUAUUAUUAUUAUUAUUACUGUGAGAUGAUUCUACCAAUUAUGAUCGAUGUCAAUAUUAACUUCAUCUCUCUUUCUCUCUCAAAGUGGGCUUUCAGUUGAGAGAGAUGAAGAAGAAGGGUACUUUUAGAUGUUGUUCAUGGAAUUAAAGUUCAAAGUUUGAUUGAUUUUACUACCUUCA